GACGCGUCUCUGACUUUGAGCUGUUGUAAAACAUUACAAUUUGUUGGCGACGUGAGAUAACUAAUUUGGACAUAGCUGAACUCUUGAACACUACACAAUGGUUCAAGGUGUUUCGGAGAUAGCUGCAAUGUGCGUUGGUCUCAUCGGGCUGAUAGGGGCAGCAGCUACUACAGGGAUGCCCAUGUGGAAGGUGACAGCUUUCAUUGGGGAGAACAUCAUUGUGAUGGAAACCCGCUGGGAGGGCUUGUGGAUGAACUGCUACAGACAGGCCAACAUCAGGAUGCAGUGUAAGGUGUACGACUCCUUGCUAUUUUUGCCCCCAGAGUUACAGGCAGCCAGGGGUCUGAUGUGCUGUUCUCUGGCUUUGUCAGGGGUGGGGCUCUUUCUGGCUCUGGCAGGGAUGCGGUGUACAUCCUGUAUUCAAGAUAAUGAUCGAGCUAAGACCAUCAUCCUGAUGGUUGCAGGUGGUAUGCAGUUCAUGGCCUGUAUCUGUGUCUUUAUUCCUGUGUCAUGGACAGGUCAUGUCAUCAUCAGAGAUUUUUACAAUCCUUUGCUAAUUGAUGCCCAGAGGAGGGAGCUGGGAGAGGCUCUCUAUGUAGGUUGGGUGACUGGCGCCUUCCUUUUUGCCUCAGCCCUCUUGUUUGUCUGCCGCCGUGUACCCUCGGACAAAGGCUCAUUCGACAUGUAUCAACAAGCCAACUUGCUUAGUUACAAGCAAGCACCCAACAAGCCAACUCUAAGGAAUUAUCAUCCCAUCCCCAGUCUUUCAUCCCUCCGAUCUACUGUAUACUAUCCUUCUCUUCAGAACAACGGCUCUGUCCGACAACAACAACUUGCGACGCCACUGCAAAACAUCCCUCAAGUAAUGACAAAUGAUGGAACGCCGAUCAACCAACCUCUUGUCUAUAAGUCGGGUCUUCCUGAAAACGCAUCAUUGUUAUAUCAAGGUAGCAUGGCUCACCAGUCCUCCAUGCAGAGUUCUAACCACGUGGGAAGCUUGUAUACACCCGGCAACUCGCUGUAUAUUAGCCAAAACACCACGCCACAUUCACUGACAUAUAUCGGCAAUCCUACUGCGUCCUACCAAUCCAGUUUUCAUCCGCUUCCACACACACCUGUCUUCAUUGGAUAUAAAUCAUCAAGAAUCCAACCAGAUUCUCACAGUGGCAGCAGUGGUGGUGUAUAUAUAUAAAUAUGAGUGUAUUUUUGUAGCUGGUUAAACUUUAUGGACACCAAGCACUAUGCUUCAAUAGUGUAUCAAAAGCUAAUUCAAACUUCUAUCAUCAGGUAAAAUGAAGGUAAAUAAUGUUUCUAUUAAUGUAUUUGGGAUUAUCCUGAUGCCCAGACUAAAUAGCGUGUUCAUGUUUUUUUUUCUGCUAUUAAUACAAGUUUUAUAAUUUGUGUUAUAUUUGUGUGAAAAUAACAACAUAUGAGUUGUUUGAUCAAGCUGAAAUUAGCUGCUGUUGUUGUUAGUGUAAAUAAAGGUGACAUUGUGCUGUUUUCAUGAA